AUCCCACUACUUAUAUAUUAUUGCAAUACAAAUUGAAGAAAUAUAAAACACGUAUGAUUGUUAUAUUUUAAUGUCUGAUUCGAGCAUUUUGAUCCGAUCGAAAAGAAAACACUAAAAUACAAAGGCAGGUAGAUUGAUAGGAACAAGGAAACACUAGAAUACAAAGGCAGGGUUGGUGAGGAAACGAGGUGAGAGGAGUCCAUGGUAACUUUGGAAAACACACGUUGUAAUUGAAAGAAAAAAAGAAAAAAAAGUUUGGGAGUGUUACUAGCACGAUUCGCAAAUCUUCUAUAUAUAGUAAAUAAGGUCGCUAGGUACGUAGCUUAAGACUCAAGAAUUUACAUAUCCAAGAAAAACUAAUGGCGGAAUCUAGAAGCAGCAGCACUAACACAGGUCUUAAGUUAAGAAGCAAAGUAGCCAUAGUGACCGGAGGAGCAAGCGGCAUCGGCGAAGCGACGGCGCGUGUCUUUGCGGAGCAAGGCGCGCGUAUGGUGGUGAUAGCGGACAUCCAAGAGGAGCUGGGAAAUGAAGUGGCUGCGUCCAUUGGAAAACAGCGGUGCAGCUUCGUGCAGUGCGACGUGGCGGACGAAGAUCAAGUAAAAAAGGUGGUGGAAUGGACGGUGAACGCGUACGGACAAGUGGACAUCAUGUUCAGCAAUGCUGGCAUCCUUAGCCCCUCCGAGCAGACCGUGCAGGACCUCGACAUGUCCCAACUGGACAAGGUUUUGGCAGUCAACGUGCGCGGAAUGGCGGCAUGCGUGAAACACGCGGCGCGUGCCAUGGUGGAGAGGCGCGUGAGGGGGAGCAUUGUGUGCACGGGGAGCGUGGGUGGCAGCCACGGUGGACCAUCGGCGACUGACUACAUCAUGUCGAAGCACGCGGUGUUGGGGCUGAUGCGUUCGGCGAGUUUGCAGCUUGCGGAGCACGGGAUAAGGGUGAACUGCGUCUCACCGAAUGGGUUGGCGACGUCGUUGACUUGCAAACGGCGAGGGAUGAGCGAGGAGGAGAUGCAAGAGGCUUACCGGAAAUUCGCCAGACUGCAAGGAGUUCUGCUCACUCCCAAACACGUGGCAGACGCCGUCUUGUUUCUCGUUUCUGAUGAUUCCGCCUUUGUCACUGGCCUUGAUCUUAGGGUCGAUGGUGGCUUUACUUAUGCCCACUGACAACAUCUUUUUCCAUUCUUCAUCUUUUCUAAUCAACUUUAAUCGGUUUCAAUCUCUUCUACUUAAUAACUUCUAAUAUUUUAUCAUGCCAUCCAUUCAUCAAAUAUAACUGAGUAACCUAUAUCUUUAUAACUUCUAAAAGUUUUUCCAAUACUUCAAAAAUUCCUCAAUCUGCAUAUUUAACUUUUAAAUAUAUUUAACUGUUAGGGAGAUGUUUCCGAAUUCGAAUUCAGAGAAUUUAACAUUUUUAAUAUAAUAUUAUAAGACAAUUUUU